AUGGCCAUUUGUUCCUCUUUGCAGUUGAAAUUGAGCAAAUUUCUACCUGCUUUAGGUACCGUAAGGCCUUGUCCUAGAGCUAAAUGGAGUCACCAAAUGAAGCUAUUUCUUAUUCAACUCUUGAAAGAUCAUGAUGUGCCUGGUUUUCGAAACCAAAAUGCAUGGAGUAAGGAAGCAUGGACAAGUAUUACUUCUCAAUUGAAUACCAAGUUUGUUGUGUCAUUCACUGUUAACCAAGUCAAGCAAAAGGAGCAGGAUUUAAAAAAAGAUUAUCGAAGUGUAAAAGACUUGUUAGCUGAAAGUGGUUUUGGAUGGGAUAGCGUGAGAAUGAUGGUAGAUGCACCAACAGAUAUUUGGGCCACAUUUGCUGCUCGCAAGAACAGCAAGGAUGCCCUCCAAUGGCGAGACAAGUCUUUCCCAUACUAUGAUGAAUUGGUUCCACUCUACGACGGCCGUCAUGCUGAAGGAAGGACUCGUCGUGGUAUGGACUAUUAUGCAAGCAGGGCAAAUAAUGUGGUGAUUUCUGUUGAUGAACAGCCUGAUGCUUAUCAGUCUCCAUCACCUACUUUACAAGGUGCCGGAGAAUAUGGUAUGCAUUUUUCUAUUGAGGAAGAAACUGAGGAUUUCAUUGUGGAUGCAGCCCAGCGUUCAUCAACACCUUUUCAACAAAUGAAAUCCACACCAAGCUCUGCACAAGCACGUACUGAGAAGCCUAGCAGCAGACGUGCAAAAAAACAAAAGAGAAGUACCGCUGAACCUCCCGAGGGAUUUCAUGAGAGAUACCUAAAGCUGAAGUAG